AUGCUGAGGAGCCCUUCUUCUUUUCGGAGUGGAAGUGACUUACUUACAGGACUCUCCCCAAAGGAGCAGCGGCGGGUGCUCUCUCUUAUCAAUACCUCGCCGUCAUCGAAGAACACCUGUACUUCGACGGCGACGGGGACGGCCUUUCCGGGGCCGUGGAAUCAGCUCAUCCGUAUGGAUCUCACGCGGGAGGAGGAUCUGAAGGCGCUUUAUCGCCAAAAAUACCUCGUCGACCCGCUCUUGCAAGGCCGGCCUGGCAAACGGCAGUACACCAAGCGGGACCACUUGGAUUUGUUCUGCGGCGCCCCCGAGGUAAUGGAAACAUCCUCCCCGCGGGAGCAGGAAAAUAAAAAAGACAUCCCUGCCGACGAAAUUGUGGCUUCCUCUUCCUUUUCUCCGCCACCGCAAGUGCAAUCUACUGCGGUGAAUAUAAAAAAAAAGGAAAUAGUGAAAGCGGCGGCGGUGAAUGAUAAUAAUUGUGGUUGUAUUGAUAAUAAUAAUACCCCUCGUGGGAAGACAGCAACAGAGAGAGAGGGGCAUACUUUGUUUAAUCCGUCAAUCAGCAAUAACUUCCUUCAACCAAAGCGCUUUGGGAGGUUGAGGAAUGAGACUUUGAUUAUAAAAUCAUCUGGGGAUCAUGAUAUCUUUGGUACCUCAAGUCGAAUUAAAGCAAUGAUGAAGGCAUCGGCCUCACUGGAAAGAAAUAAUAAUAAAAAAGAGGAAGAAGUCAAGAAAGAAGAAAAAAAGUCGAGCUCCUCCUCUGCUCCAUAUGGUGCUGGGCGAUCUCGGAAGGAGCCCUUUGCCGACGAGGAACCCCCCCGUGUGCCGCAACUUCAACCUGGCUCUGCUGAGAAACGUCAAACACGAAAUGAAAGGGAUAUAGGAAACAGCAAAAGCAUUAAAAUCAGCUCCGCAAUGUGGAAUGGGGUAGUAACACCGUCAUUAUCCCCACAACGACUGCACAGAAGGAAAAACUCCAUACCGACGAGGAUUAGAGAGGCUCUUUAG